GAAUCAAGAUUAUCUUCCAUACACAUACCUAAUGGGCGAGUCAGUGGAUAUGUGGACCCAGUCACAUGAUGGUGGGAGACGUUUUGGGGCAAUGACAACCAAUAUAUCAGAGUGCUUCAAUGGUGUAUUGAAAGGUGCACGGGGCCUUCCUAUUGCCGCGUUGGUUGAGUUCACUUGGAACAAACUUGUCAGUUAUUUCCACGACCGUCGCAAAGAAUACCUUUUUGAGUUCUCAGAGGGUAAGAAAUGGAGUAAAUAUGCCUUCUCCAAGUGGGAUGAGAAUAAGAGCAAAUCUGAGAAACAUUAUCUCAAGCCAUUUAGCAAUGAAGAGCUGAUAUUUCAAAUAGUUACCCAAAUCAACACGUGUAGUGCAGGAGGGGGAAACCACAGUUAUGAAGUUCGGUUACAGGAAAGAACAUGCAGUUGUGGGAAAUGGCAAAACAUAGGGAUCCCGUGUUCACAUGCAAUCAGAGUAUGUGACUAUUUAAAUAUUGAUUCGACCACAUUUAUUCACCCGUGUUAUGGUUUGAACAAUGCCAUUAACACUUAUGAGCAUGCAUUUGUGGUUCCUAAGUCGAUGGCUUUGUGGAGGGAUCCCAUAGGGCCAAAGUGGUUGCCUAAUCCAGCAUUGUUGCGGGCCAAAGGUCGACCAGUGAAGUCGAGAAUAAGGAAUGAGAUGGAUGGAGUGAGGAAUAAGGUUCGAGAACCGGGAUGGCGGAGGGAGGAUGCAGAUUUGAUAGAGAGUCAGUCCAAGCAGACAUGUGGACUGUGUCAUGCUUCCGGGCAUAACCGCAGAAAAUGUCCGCAGUCCCGUGGCGCUUCCACAAGCGGUCAUGUUCCACACUAGGCAUGCUUCCAAGGACGAUGUUUUUGUUGUGUGGACAGCCGAUGUUAGGAAAAGUGACUACGUUGUAUUGGGUCUAUGUGAACUUUUUGGUUUUUGUUGAAUGUACUUGUAAAUCUCUAUUGAAUGUAUGCCUAUGAAGAUUGUGAUUUCAAUAGUAUGGUUAGAACUGCAAAUUAAGCGUGGUUGGGCAUGUUUAGGAUGUUGAUAUUGAGAAUGCCUUUUCUUGCGAUGUAACUGCAUUUUGCAUUGUAAAACCAUGUUUAUACAGAGAGCGUAGAAGUUUCAGUAGUUUCG